GUGCUGGUGAUCACAAAUCGUCGACCCGAAACCACGGAGGCUUUGAUCUGGGAUCAUUGGUCGGCUACUUUGACAUGCCUCCUGGAGCUCAGCCUUUAUGGCCUUUACUUGCAGAGCCCGCCUGCCAAGCAUGGUGCUCUGUUGGUGGACACGAAAGAGUCCAGGGAUGAUGCAAAGGUGCAGGAGGAGAUCCAGCAAGAAAUGAAGCGAGAAUGGGACUUGGUUCUGGAGAUGGAGGAUGAUGCUGCCUCUCGCAAUAUCCUCUACAAGGCAUGUCCCUGGGUGGGCUAUCAAUGCUUUCGCGAGGUUCCGACAUUUUUGUCAGAGCGGGCCUGGAAGCUUGAUGGUGCCGGGCGAGAACUUUUGGAGGCCUGGCAUCCGAAGGUUGGAAUGUCAGCGAAUGUGGAAGAUAUUUUCGCGAGCAUUCAAGACAGUGUGCUCCGGUCCUCCAAGAACAAUGACUCGGCCAUGUGCAACAUCCAGUGCUGUGCGAUCCGCUCCUUCCAGAAACGCAUGUGUGGCGACGACGGCCCCUCGACGACCGACCUGAGGUCCGAGGACUUCGAAGGUGCCAGUGUUCGUGGCAUCAAGCCGAAGAUCUGGCAGCCGGCUGCUGCCGCCACUUGCGAUGAGCUGGACACGGACCAGAUCCUCAAGCCUUUCGAGUCCACCACUGCCUUCAACCACUGCAAGAGCCAACUGAAUUGGUUCAAGGUUUUCCUGGAAGCCAAGAGGCUGGGCAAGAACAUCGUGGAAGCCAGCAGAAACUUUUGGGGGCCGAGUGUGCUGCAACGUGGGCACUUGGUGCACGUGGCCCUUCCUUUGAGGGAGUUUGACAUCGUGUUCGAGGGCAGCUUGCCCAAGCGAGCCGUGGACGAGACAAAGGUUUUGGCGAAAGAGGAUGGCAGCAAGGAGCCCUCGCCAGAUGGACUCAAGGAUGGCGAGAGUGUCAAAGUGCUGUCCUUCGUCAGUGGCACGAAGCCGGUUCAGAAGAUGCUGUUGGAUGUGGGCGAGGCCAGGGUCUUCGACUACACGCUUCACUGGGCGACCGGGCCGCUGGUGAUGAAAGUGGGCCUCGCAUGCUUUCUCCGAAGGAGCAUGCAAGGAGUGUCGGUUCUGGUUUUUCUCAUGAAGACGGCAGCGAUCCUGAAGCUCACCUCCGACAACUUGUCUUGCUUGCUGCAGCGAUAUGAUGUGGUGACUCGCAAGAACUGUACGAAAUCUUUCAAGAUUCGGCAGUUGAUGAAAGUGCAGGAAGUCACUGCAGCAUGCACAGCCGAGCAGCUGGAGAGCUUGGACCAGAAGCUCAACGAACUGGAUGCCAAGCGAAGAAAGGACAAAUCGGCCCAGAAGGAUGAUGGCAGCGACCAAGAGGUGCCGGAUGAGAACUUCGGCGAGAUGAUGGACGAUCCGGCCGCCGAGUUUGCAGAGCAGAUGCUGCGAGAAAUCGACGACGAGGAGGACGAGCAGAACGAGGGUGAGCCAGAACAGGCGGCUGCACGUCAGGACCGGACCAUUGAAGAGUACUACAUUCAUUCUUUGUUGUCAAUGGUUGUUUUGAGGCAUUUCCUAAGCCAGUUAGCCUGA